GACAACACAAACAUUGCGGAAGGACGGAAGGUCGUAAUCAUUAUUAUUAUUUACUGUUUACAAACAGUUUGAGCUGCUCUGCUCUGAGCGCUCGAGGUAACGUAACAUCCGAUUCACAGACCACAACCAUGUAGAAAAUGUAGAAUAUUGAAAUCACAUUAUUUUGUUACCCACCGAAAAGCUGCUCACACAGCUGCCACACCUGCGGAGCUUCCUCCGUCGCAGCGGAUGCGCCGCCUGCGCCAGCGUCUGUCCCGGUUGCGGCGCAGGAUGCUGUUCGAGGAUCUCCUGGUGACGGAGGGGUGCGUCGGCGGGGCGUACGGGUUCCCGCAGACUGAGGACCCCGUGUGGCUGCUCGGAGUGAAGUACUGCCCGCUGAGGCAGAGGCAGGCCCUGGAGGACGACUUCCGGAGCAGGAUAUGGAUGACGUACAGGCGCGGUUUUCCGUCCAUCGGCGCCCCGGACGGUCCCACUUCAGACCGAGGCUGGGGCUGCAUGCUCCGCUGCGGUCAGAUGGUCCUGGCAGAGGCCCUGAUACGAGCCACCGCCGGCCGAAACUGGCGCUGGACGCCGAACGAGCGCAGCGACGCCUACCUGAGGACGGUGGCGCAGUUCGCUGACGUGGAACAGGCGCCGUUCUCGAUUCACCAAAUCGCCCUGACGGGGGAGCGCACCGCCCACAAGCCUAUUGGCACGUGGUUCGGCCCCAAUACUGUCGGCCAGGCUCUGCGCCACGUGUCGGCCGCACGGGCCGCACGUGCCACAGACCGCACGUGGCCGGUGCCGGUGCUGCACGUGGCGAUGGACUCGUGUGUGGUGAAGUCGGACGUGCGCGCGGUGUGUGGUGAUUGGCACCAGCCGCUGGUGCUGCUGGUGCCGCUGAGACUGGGACUGACAGAGCUGAACCCCGUCUAUGCCAGCGGCGUGAAGGCGUGCUUCACAAUACCCCACUGUGUGGGCAUCAUAGGUGGUACGCCGAACCACGCUCUGUACUUUGUGGGCUGUGUGGACAGCCGGCUCGUCUACCUGGACCCCCACACGACCCAACCAGCCGCCAGCGUGGGGAGAAAGUGCACCGAGGCGGAGCGGGAAGCGGACCUCACCUACCACUGUGCGCUGCCGUGCUUCAUGCGUAUCUCCUCGCUGGACCCGUCAUUGGCCGUGGCCUUCUACUGCGGCUCCGAGCAGCAGUUUGAGUCACUGUGUGAACACAUACAGCGGAUACUCAUCGACACCGAGAAAUAUCCACUGUUCGAGCUGCGGGACAGUCAGCUGGACUGGCAGUCGGCGGCGGUCGAUUUCCUGGGCGCCGCCGCGGCUCCGUGGGACGCCGAGCCCGCCGGCGACGACUCCCGCGCCGCCGACGACGACUCAGACAGCGAGGACGACUUCGUGGUGCUAUAGUGGCGACACCCAGCGGACACCUCGGGAACUAACGGCGACAAGGGCGUCACCACACGGAUACUCUGUGAACUAAAUCUGUGGCGGGGUCUCAGACGGCAGAAACGUGGACUGGCUGCGGCUCGUGGAGCUAUUGGGGCGCCGCCCAGCGGAGGAGUCGUCAACUAAAGGCGAUGGUGGCGGUGUCAGGCGGACGAAUUGUGAACUAGACUGGUGGCGCCGCGGAACGGCAGACGUGUGAACUAGCCGCCGCAAGUGGCGCGGCUUUAGAAGCGCUGCUAGUUGGACUGCUGAAGCUGGGAAUGGAGUGUUAGCCCUACAUAGCCGGCUCCAACAGACAACUUUGCGCUCUACGGUGGUGCCUCCACAAGGCCGAUGAUUGAACCACCCGGGACAGUGGCGGUGUCUGGCGGUGACUGUGUGAACUACAGCUUACAGUGGCGUCACCAGGUGUUCAACGCGCGACAUUUGGCGUUCGUUGCCGCCGCCCCUCAGCGGACACGAGAAGCCACGUAUUACCAGACGGGCUAGUGAAUUGUCGCGCUGCCGCCGAGCCAACUGGUGGCGCCACUACCGGCCGGUCACGGAAGCUGUGGUUACUGGAGUGACCACUGGGUGGCGCUAGUGGCGCUACCUACCGCCGCAAGCAUCCGCAAGUGCAUUGAGUGUCCGCGCAUUGUUUGGGCUGUGUUCAACAUUUCGGUCCGACCGCAGCGCUACUGUGCGGUGUAAUCCUGAACUAGAGCUUCUACUACACACCGCCAGGGCUGCUCGCGGCAUAACGUUGAGCAAUUGAGCUAAAUAAUAGUUAAUGACCUAGAAUCAACAGUGUCUUUGUCUUUGAGAGCAUUGCAUGAAUAUGUAUAUGAAACUGGUCAAA